ACCGUGACGACGCUCUCGAACGCGCUGCUCGCGCUCGUGAUUCACCCCGAGGCUUUCGCGCGCGCGCAGGUGGAGAUGGACUGUUUCGUAGGGUGCGCACGCGUCCCCGACCGCGGGGGCCUGCCGUACCUCGGCGGCGUCCUCGCCGAGGUGCUCCGGUGA